ACCUGAUCAACAGUUCUAUCGGCUGGGGCCUAUAUAAGGCGCCAUCUCGGCAUGGCUCAGCUAUAGUCAAUCUGUGAAGAUCAACGGAUCGCAGCUGAGUUUUAUUAAAAUAACGCGUGUGAGAAGGAGUUUUGCAUCAAUUGAGUCUGAGUGAUAAUGACAAGCUAUACUGACAAAGGAACCAAACCUGAAGCCGGAAAAUUCUUAAGCUUUGAUCAUCUAACGUUUUACGUUGGAAACGCCAAACAGGCGGCUAGUUAUUAUACGACCCGUUUGGGCUUUGAACCACUUGGCUAUCAGGGAUUGGAGACGGGAGAGAGACGCUACGCGAAACAUGCGGUGCGCCAAAAUAAGAUCGUCUUUGUGUUUGUCUCGGCGUACACGCCCGAUGACAAGGAGCAUGGCUUGCACUUGAUGCAGCACGGCGAUGGUGUCAAGGAUGUGGCCUUCGAAGUGGAGGAUUUAAAUUCAAUCUUUAACCUGGCGGUUACCCGAGGCGCGGAAGUUAUUCGCGACAUCUGGGAGGAGAGCGAUUCUCAUGGUUUCGUGAGAUUUGCCACCAUCAAGACGUACGGUGACACAACGCACACUUUUGUGGAGCGCAAUGGAUAUGCGGGUGACUUUUUGCCUGGCUUCCAGCGCGGUGUGGAGGAUGUGCUCCUCAAGCAUCUGCCGGUCACGAAGUUAAACUUCAUUGACCACGUGGUGGGCAAUCAGCCCGAUUUGGAAAUGGAGGGCGUGGCCGCUUGGUAUGAACGCAUUUUGCAAUUCCAUCGCUUUUGGUCUGUCGAUGAUUCGCAGAUACACACGGAAUAUUCAGCGCUGCGUUCGAUUGUGAUGGCCAACUAUGAGGAGACGGUUAAGAUGCCCAUCAACGAGCCGGCCAAUGGCAAAAAGAAGUCGCAGAUUCAGGAAUAUGUUGACUACUAUGGCGGAUCGGGUGUGCAGCAUAUUGCCCUCAACACGAGUGAUAUUAUUGCGGCUGUGACCAACUUACGGGCACGUGGCACAGAAUUCUUGACCAUACCCUCAUCGUACUACGAUAUACUGCAGGAGCAGCUGUCGCAUAGUCGCACUAAAAUUAAGGAGGAUAUGGAAAUAUUAAAGAAAUUGAAUAUUCUCGUUGAUUUCGAUGAAAACGGAUAUCUGCUGCAGAUAUUUACGAAGAACUGCCAGGACAGGCCAACGCUCUUCCUGGAGGUCAUCCAGCGUUUCAAUCACAACGGUUUCGGCGCUGGCAACUUCAAGUCGCUCUUUACAGCCAUUGAGAUCGAGCAGGCCAAGCGCGGAAAUUUGUAA